AUGUCCAGCCCUGAAGAGACGCAAAUCAUCGAAGAGCAACGCCGUCUCUCUCAAAAUGGGGUCCUGAACGCCGGGUUCAUCCACCUCCAGCCAACGGACGCUCCGUCGACGCUGCAACAAACGCUGCAGCUUUUGCAACAGCAAUUGGCACAGCAACAGCAACUACUAUCGCAGCUCGUGCAACAGCAUCAACAGCAGCCGCAGCCACCGAACCCUGAUCAGCAACUAGUUCCGAAACCGAGCAAUCCGGAGCUAAUACUGGAAGCCCUUGCGGGCAAUAUAAGUGAAUUCCGUUACGAUCCAGAAGCAGGAUUGACCUUCGAAUCGUGGUACGCACGGUACAUUGACCUGUUCCAGGAGGAUGCAUCACGUUUAGACGACGCCGCCAAAGUUCGGCUCCUGGGACGCAAACUGGGAACCGGCGAACACGCCCGGUUUAGUAACUUCAUUUUGCCUCGUGUACCGCGUGAUUUCAGUUUUAGCGAAAUGGUGGAAAAGUUAACUGUCCUUUUCGGCAAAAUGGAAUCCGUGUUAAGUAAGCGCUUCAAAUGCUUUAAUAUUUCAAAAACGCGCACCGAGGACCUGCUAGCAUUUACAUGCCGUGUUAACAAAGCGUGCGUCGAAGCGGAAUUUUCUUCGAUGACGGAGGAAGAUUUCAAAUGUCUCAUCCUUGUAUGUGGGUUGAAGGACGAAAGCGUACGGGACAUACGAAUGAAAUUGCUAGCCGCCAUCGAAGACAAGAAAUACGCCACCCUGGAGCAGCUAGCAGCGGAAUGUCAACGGUUAGUGCGUGUGAAAGCUGAUAGUGCCAUGAUCGCCACGGAUACCAGUGAACGAGUGCAUGCAAUGCACGCCAGAGGCAGCCGCCAGUGGCACCGGAACAACAACGGCAACGAGCGCCAUACCAAGUCAGCCCCCCGAAGUGAAGCCUCCAAACCACAUACUCCGUGCUGGCUUUGUGGUGCCCUACAUUGGACCCGCGACUGCACUUAUAAAACCAACAAGUGUCGAGAUUGUGGACGUAUGGGUCAUCGAGAGGGUUUCUGCAACUCGUCUCAGCGACGCAAAGGACGACCGCGGUUUGAUCAUCGUCGUGCAGUAGCAUCUCGAGUAGUACGAGUCAACGUGUGUAGCAUACAACAGAAGCGGAAGUUUGUCAACAUUUUUAUCGAAGGAAAGCCGGCUCGACUACAACUUGACACCGGGUCAGACAUCACUGUGAUCAGCCAGCGGUUAUGGAAGCAGCUGAGUAAGCCUCAUCUUAACCCACCGAAGGUAAGAGCGAAAGCAGCUUCCGGCGAAGUUUUCGGCCUUGUAGGUGAGUUUGAAGCCAACGUGCGUAUGCAUAAUAUCACCAAGCAGACGACAAUUCGCGUUUCAAAGGCGGAUCUGUCAUUAUUCGGGGCAGACUCCAUACAUCUUUUCGGCUUGGGGACGAUCCCAAUGGAUAACUUUUGUAACCACAUAGGAACAGCGGAAACAUGUUCCUGGGAAGAGAAAUUUCCAACGGUUUUUAGCGGAACGGGCCUGUGCACCAAGGCACAAAUACAUCUACAGCUGCGACAGGAAAGCAGACCAGUUUUUCGACCGAAACGUCCGGUCGCAUACGCCAUGGAAGAUGCUGUCAACAACGAAUUAGAUCGACUUGAAAAGCUGGGGAUCAUUACUCCCUGCGACUAUUCGGAUUGGGCAGCACCAGUCGUAGUAGUGCGCAAAGCGAACGGCAAAAUACGACUAUGCGGAGACUAUAGCACCGGACUCAACGCAGCAUUACAUCCACAUGAGUAUCCGCUCCCGUUACCGCAAGAUAUUUUUUCGAAACUAGCCCGUUGCGUCACAUUUACACAAAUUGAUCUGUCCGAUGCAUUUUUGCAGGUGAAAAUAGAAGAAAAGAGCCGACCCCUGCUUACCAUCAACACGCAUCGAGGCCUUUACUAUUAUAACAGGCUACCUCCAGGUAUCAAAGUAGCCCCUGGUUCUUUUCAACAGAUCAUGGAUAAAAUGCUCGCCGGUGUAAAUGGAGUCUCCGCCUACAUGGAUGAUGUGAUUGUCGGCGGAAAGACGCAGGAAGAGCACGAUGCCGCCCUAAAAGAAACCCUGCAGCGAAUAAAGGACUAUGGGUUUACCAUCCGCAAAGAAAAGUGCUCAUUCAACAAGCCGGAGAUUCGACAAGCCUAG